CAGCUCGGCCCUUGCCGCCGCCAUGGCCAAUGACAGCGGCGGGCCCGGCGGGCCGAGCGCGAGCGAGCGCGACCGGCAGUACUGCGAGCUGUGCGGCAAGAUGGAAAACCUCCUGCGCUGCAGCCGCUGCCGCAGCUCCUUCUACUGCAGCAAGGAGCACCAGCGCCAGGACUGGAAGAAGCACAAGCUCGUGUGCCAGAGCAGCGAGGGCCCGCCGCCGCCGCCGCCAACGCCGCCCGGCCCCGCGCCGGCCCGGCCGAGCGGAGGCGCGCUCCGGGCGCCUCGAGAAGCGAAGAAGGGGCCGCGGCGCCGGGACGGGGCCGCCGAGCCGCCGGCCGAGGGCGACGCCACCCAGGCUUCGAAGGCGAAGGCCAAGCCCAGCGCGGAGGCCGAGCCGCGCAAGGCUCCGAGCGGCCCCGGCUUCGCGGCCUUGGAGACCGAAGGGAAGGAGGAGCCGCUGGGCCGCGCGUCGCCGUACCGGGAGAAGGCGAACUUGUACCCGCCGAGCAACGCGCCCGGCGAGGGACUGAGCCACGGCGGCGGCCCGCGGCCUAACGGGCAGACGAAGCCGUUGCCGGCGCUGAAGCUGGCGCUCGAGUACAUCGUGCCGUGCAUGAACAAGCACGGCAUCUGCGUGGUGGACGACUUCCUGGGCAAGGAGACCGGCAUGCAGAUCGGCGACGAGGUCCGAGCCCUGCACGACACCGGCAGGUUCACCGACGGGCAGCUGGUCAGCCAGAAGCGAGACUCGUCCAAGGACAUCCGCGGCGAUAAGAUCACCUGGAUCGAGGGCAAGGAGCCGGGCUGCGAAACCAUCGGGCUGCUCAUGAGCAGCAUGGACGACCUGAUCCGCCACUGUAACGGGAAACUUGGCAACUACAAAAUCAAUGGCCGGACGAAAGCCAUGGUUGCUUGCUAUCCAGGCAAUGGAACAGGUUAUGUGCGACAUGUUGAUAAUCCGAAUGGUGAUGGAAGAUGUGUGACUUGUAUAUAUUAUCUUAAUAAAGACUGGGAUGCCAAGGUAAGUGGCGGUGUACUUCGAAUUUUUCCAGAAGGCAAGGCCCAGUUUGCUGACAUUGAACCCAAAUUUGAUAGACUGCUGUUUUUCUGGUCUGACCGUCGAAACCCUCACGAAGUACAACCAGCAUAUGCUACAAGGUACGCAAUAACUGUUUGGUAUUUUGAUGCAGAUGAGAGAGCACGAGCUAAAGUAAAAUAUCUAACAGGUGAAAAAGGUGUGAGGGUUGAACUCAAUAAACCUUCUGAUUCAGUCAGUAAAGACAUCUUGUAGAGCAUUUGAUCCAGCUAUAAUGCCACUUCACCUGCAACUGUUGACACACUAUUGGUUAAUUUGUGGGAUUAAAGAAAAAAAAUAGACGACCAGUUGGCAUAUUAAUAAGAAAACAAACUUUUAUGUGUUGCAUCAAAAAGAAGAUUUUUGACUUUGUGACUUUGUCCUGCGUGAUGACUCCAAAACUGUGAUUGCUUAUGGGAAGAUAUAAGCUAUCAACUGAAAAUGGUAUUUUCAUCUGGACAUGAAAUAAGUAUCCUAGGGUAGAAUUUUUUCAUUCUUACACUUUGCCAGAUCUUUCAUCUAGCUGAAUUCAUUUUAUCACUCCAUUUUAUCACUCCAUUUUUAUAUAGUCAAGUUUGAAUUUGAAGUAAUUUUUGUAUCAUCAGGUACAGUUUAUCAAAACCAAAUUAAGAAAAAUUACAGUAUUAUCCCCCAAAAUAGCAUCAAUCUAUUUUUGUAAACCUCUUCAUACUAUUAAAUUUUGCCCUAAAGGACAUCUUA